UUCCUCACCCGCCACUUCGUUCGUGUACCCCGAGAAGAUUGGAUGCAAACAUUGUGAGGAACACUGUGCUGUCUUUCGAAAUGGAUACAAAGUACUGGAUACUGGCGGUAGGAGUGGUGGUGGCGAUGUCAUACGCUUCUGUUGAAGGCGGCAGUGUCUGCACUCCUACAUGUAAUGCCAACCAGACCUGUAACAGCAAUAACAUGUGUGAGUGCUUACCUGCAUACAAGUUAAUGGACAGUGCCUGCAUGGCUAAAGAAUACGACGAUGCUUGCACUGCUGCCGCGAACUGCCAAUCAGGGCAUUUAGGAGCCUGGGGCACCUGCACAUCCGGCAAAUGUGCCUGCUCGAGCGGAUACACCCUUUAUAUGAAGAUGUGCAGCAAAGGAUACGACGAUACUUGCACAAAUGCCGCGGAGUGUAAAACAGGGUCGUUAGGAGCCUGGGGCACCUGUACAUCCGGCAAAUGUGCCUGCAUGGCCGAAUACACCUGGUAUAUGAACAUGUGCAGCAAAGGAUACGACGAUGCUUGCACUGCCGACGCGAACUGUACAUCUGGAAAUUUAGGAAACCGUGGCGUCUGUAAAUCCAGUAAAUGUGCUUGCCAUAACGACUAUAGCUGGGCAGGAGGAGUGUGCAGCAAAGGCGCCGCGGGUGUGACCAUUUCUAUCACUCUGAUGCUUGCAGCCCUCUUGUCCAGGAAGCUAUUUUAGGAUCAGAAACCCACCGAAGACUGCAGAAAAUAAAGCUUUCAUUUAUAACUAACAUACUAGAAUAAAAACAAAAAUUGGAAGAAAAGAAUUUCAUAACCUCGAAUCGUAAAUAUUGUUCUGGUGUAUGUGUUCAAACUUAUUUAAUACCAUUUUAAGACACGAGGACGCAGUCAACAUUAUGCCUUACAACUAAUGCACCAUUAUUUACACUUGAAUUAUACCAAUGCAUCAUGUAUAUUGUUUCAAUGCAACAUAAUUGAGAUUUGCUUUAAACGCUUAAAAUCAGUUUCAAAAUUGUCAUUGGUAGGUUUUUCUAGAAUCAAAUGAUAUUAUUUCGUGAUAAGGAACGGAUGAACAACAUAAAAACUAUGUUCAUUUAUUUUGUGCCAUAUACUCGUGCCUACUGUGUGUUUUUAUGUAUUUUACUCUGUCAUUGGUUGUAUGAUCUUUCCACGGAUAGUGGAGAAGGAGACCUUUGCUCGCACGCUAUAUUCUGUUAAACAGAUAUUUGUUAUUUGUACAUAUAAUAAAAAAACAAAAAACAA